CGCUCCUCCCGGAGAGUAGUGAGACCUCUGGUGCGGGGCGAUUGGUCGCGGGAGCGAUGAGUGGCAGCCUCGCGGCCCAACGGGCGCAGUGCGUGGGCCGCGGGGCGGGGCCAGGGCGGGUGCGCGGCGGCGGCGGGGUGGCUGGGCCGGCGGCGGCGGCGGUACGAGGCGCGCGCUCGGGGUCCCGGUCGCGAGGAGGAGGAGGAUGUGGCGCGCGGAGGGGAAAUGGCUGCCGAAAACAAGCCGGAAGAGCGUUUCCCAAAGUGUAUUCUGCGGAACUAGCACCUACUGUGUUCUCAACACCGUGCCACCUAUAGAAGAUGAUCAUGGGAACAGCAAUAGUAGUCAUGUAAAAAUCUUUUUACCGAAAAAGCUGCUUGAAUGUCUGCCGAAAUGUUCAAGUUUACCCAAAGAGAGGCACCGUUGGAACACUAAUGAGGAAAUUGCCGCUUAUUUAAUAACAUUUGAGAAACACGAAGAAUGGCUAACCACAUCCCCUAAGACAAGACCACAGAAUGGCUCAAUGAUACUCUACAACAGGAAGAAAGUGAAAUACAGGAAAGAUGGGUAUUGCUGGAAAAAGAGGAAAGAUGGGAAAACGACCAGAGAGGACCACAUGAAACUGAAGGUCCAGGGAGUGGAGUGCUUGUACGGCUGCUAUGUCCAUUCCUCCAUCAUCCCCACCUUCCACCGGAGGUGCUACUGGCUCCUUCAGAACCCUGACAUCGUCCUGGUGCACUACCUGAACGUGCCAGCCAUCGAGGACUGUGGCAAGCCCUGCGGCCCUAUCCUCUGCUCCAUCAACACCGACAAGAAGGAGUGGGCUAAGUGGACGAAGGAGGAGCUUGUCGGGCAGCUGAAGCCUAUGUUCCAUGGCAUCAAGUGGACCUGCAGCAAUGGGAACAGCAGUUCAGGCUUCUCGGUGGAGCAGCUGGUACAGCAGAUCCUCGACAGCCACCAGACCAAGCCACAGCCACGGACCCACCACUGCCUCUGCACUGGCAGCUCAGGAGCGGGCAGCAGCGUGCACCACAAGUGCAACAGUGCCAAACACCGCAUCAUCUCGCCGAAGGUGGAGCCGCGGACUGGGGGGUACGGGAGCCACUCGGAGGUGCAGCAUAAUGACGUGUCCGAGGGCAAGCACGAGCACAGCCACGGCAAGGGCUCAAGCCGCGAGAAGAGGAACGGCAAGGUGGCCAAGCCGGCGCUGCUGCACCAGAACAGCACCGAGGUCUCCUCCACCAACCAGGUGGAGGUCCCCGACACCACCCAGAGCUCCCCCGUGUCCAUCAGCAGCGGGCUCAACAGUGACCCCGACGUGGUGGACAGCCCCGUGGUCACAGGCGUGUCCAGCAUGGCAGUGGCCUCCGUGAUGGGGAGCUUGUCCCAGAGCGCCACGGUGUUCAUGUCAGAGGUCACCAACGAGGCCGUGUACACCAUGUCCCCCACCACCGGCCCCAACCACCAUCUCCUCUCGCCCGACGCCUCUCAGGGCCUUGUCCUGGCUGUGAGUUCCGACGGCCACAAGUUCGCCUUCCCCACCACGGGCAGCUCGGAGAGCCUGUCGAUGCUGCCCUCCAACGUGUCUGAAGAGCUGGUCCUCUCCACCACCCUCGACGGUGGCCGGAAGAUUCCAGAAACCACUAUGAACUUUGACCCUGACUGUUUCCUCAACAACCCCAAGCAGGGCCAGACAUAUGGGGGCGGAGGCCUGAAAGCCGAGAUGGUCAGCACCAACGUCCGGCACUCGCCGCCCGUGGAGAGGGCCUUCAGCUUCAACACCGUCCUCACCAAGGAGAUUAAGACCGAGGACACCUCCUUCGAGCAGCAGAUGGCCAAAGAAGCGUACUCCUCCUCCGCGGCGGCCACAGCCUCCAGCUCCCUCACCCUGAGCGCUGGCUCCAGCCUCCUGCCGUCGGGCGGCGGCCUGAGCCCCAGCACCACCCUGGAGCAGAUGGACUUCAGUGCAAUAGACUCCAACAAGGACUACACGUCCAGCUUCAGCCAGACAGGCCACAGCCCCCACGUCCAUCAGACCCCUUCCCCCAGCUUCUUCCUGCAGGAUGCCAGCAAGCCCCUCCCCAUCGAGCAGAACGCCCAUGGCAGCCUGAGUGACUCUGGGGGCAGCUUUGUGAUGCCCACGGUGAAAACAGAGGCCUCGUCACAAACCAGCUCGUGCAGCGGCCACGUGGAGACCCGGAUAGAAUCCACUUCCUCCCUCCACCUCAUGCAGUUCCAGGCCAAUUUCCAGGCAAUGGGGGCAGAAGGGGAGGUGACCAUGGAUACCUCACAGGUGGCUGAAGGGGGUGAGGGCCUGCUCAAGUCUGGGGAGCUGCAGGCCUGUAGCUCUGAGCACUACCUGCAGCCCGAGACCACGGGGGUCAUCCGCAGCGCUGGCGGCGUGCCCAUCCUCCCGGGCAACGUGGUGCAGGGACUCUACCCCGUGGCGCAGCCUGGCCUCGGCACCGCCUCCAACAUGGAGCUCAGCCUGGACCACUUCGACAUCUCCUUCAGCAACCAGUUCUCCGACCUGAUCAACGACUUCAUCUCCGUGGAGGGCGGCAGCGGCACCAUCUACGGCCACCAGCUGGUGUCGGGGGACAGCGCGGCCCUCUCGCAGUCGGAGGACGCAGCCCGCGCCCCCUUCACCCAGGCGGAGAUGUGCAUCCCCUGCUGUAGCCCCCAGCAGGGGAGCCUGCAGCUGAGCAGUGCCGAGGGUGGGGCCGGCACCAUGGCCUACAUGCACGUCGCCGAGGUGGUCUCGGCCGCCUCGGCCCAGAGCACCCUGGGGAUGCUGCAGCAGAGCGGACGGGUGUUCAUGGUGACCGACUACUCCCCAGAGUGGUCCUACCCGGAGGGAGGAGUGAAGGUCCUCAUCACAGGCCCGUGGCAGGAAGCCAGCAAUAACUACAGCUGCCUGUUCGACCAGAUCUCAGUGCCUGCGUCCCUCAUCCAGCCGGGUGUGCUGCGCUGCUACUGCCCAGCCCACGACACUGGUCUUGUGACCCUACAAGUUGCCUUCAACAACCAGAUCAUCUCCAACUCAGUGGUGUUUGAGUACAAAGCUCGGGCCCUGCCCACGCUCCCUUCCUCCCAGCAUGACUGGCUGUCACUGGACGAUAACCAGUUCAGGAUGUCCAUCCUAGAGCGACUGGAGCAGAUGGAAAGGAGGAUGGCUGAGAUGACGGGGUCCCAGCAGCACAAGCAGGGGAGCGGAGGAGGCGGCGGUGGAGGGGGCAGCGGGAGUGGGAACGGAGGAGGUCAAGCCCAGUGCGCUUCUGGCCCUGGGACGCUGGGGAGCUGCUUUGAAAGCCGUGUGGUCGUUGUCUGUGAGAAGAUGAUGAGCCGAGCCUGCUGGGCAAAGUCCAAGCAUUUGAUCCAUUCAAAGACCUUCCGUGGAAUGACCCUCUUACACCUGGCCGCUGCUCAGGGUUAUGCCACCCUAAUCCAGACCCUCAUCAAAUGGCGCACAAAGCACGCAGAUAGCAUUGAUUUGGAACUGGAAGUUGACCCCUUGAAUGUGGACCACUUCUCCUGUACUCCUCUGAUGUGGGCAUGUGCCCUAGGGCACUUGGAAGCUGCUGUCGUGCUGUACAAGUGGGACCGUCGGGCCAUCUCUAUCCCUGACUCUCUGGGAAGGCUGCCUUUGGGAAUUGCCAGGUCAAGGGGUCAUGUGAAACUAGCAGAGUGUCUGGAGCACCUGCAGAGAGAUGAGCAGGCUCAGCUAGGACAGAACCCCAGAAUACACUGUCCUCCAAGCGAAGAGCCUCAUACAGGCAGCUGGAUGACCCAGUGGCACAGUGAAGCCAUCAGCUCUCCAGAAAUACCCAAAGGAGUCACCGUCAUUGCAAGUACCAAUCCAGAGCUGAGAAGACCUCGGUCUGAACCCUCUAAUUACUACAGCAGUGAGAGCCACAAAGAUUAUCCAGCUCCCAAAAAGCAUAAAUUGAACCCUGAGUACUUCCAGGCAAGGCAGGAGAAGCUGCUUUCCACUGCACUGAGUCUGGAACAGCCAAAUAUCAGGAAGCAGAGCCCUAGUUCUAAGCAGUCUGUCCCCGAGACAAUCAGCCCCAGUGAAGGAGUGAGGGACUACAGCCGGGAACUCUCCCCUCCCACUCCAGAGACUGCAGGAUUCCAAGCCUCUGGAUCUCAGCCUGUAGUAAAGUGGAAUUCCAAAGAUCUUUACAUUGGUGUGUCUACAGGACAGGUGACUGGAAAUCCGAAGGGGACCAGUGUAGGAAAGGAGGCAGCACCUUCACAGGUGCGUCCACGGGAACCAAUGAGUGUCCUGAUGAUGGCUAACAGAGAGGUGGUGAAUACAGAGCUGGGGUCCUACCGGGAUAGUGCAGAAAAUGAGGAAUGCUCACAACCCAUGGAUGAUAUACAGGUGAAUAUGAUGACCUUGGCAGAACACAUCAUUGAAGCCACACCUGACCGAAUCAAGCAGGAGAAUUUUGUGCCCAUGGAGUCGUCAGCAUUGGAAAGACCAGAUACUGCCACCAUUAGCAGUACAAUGAGCUGGCUGGCCAGUUACUUAGCUGAUGUCGAUCAUCUGCCAAAUGCUGCCCAGAUCAGAAGUGCAUAUAACGAGCCUCUAACCCCUUCUUCUAACACCAGCCUGAGCCCUGUAGGCUCUCCAGUCAGUGAAACAGCUUUCGAGAAACCUAGCCUUCCCUCAGCCGCAGACUGGUCAGAAUUCCUGAGUGCGUCGACCAGUGAGAAGGUAGAGAAUGAGUUUGCUCAGCUAACUCUGUCUGAUCGUGAACAGAGAGAGCUCUAUGAAGCUGCCAGGCUUGUCCAGACAGCUUUCCGGAAAUACAAGGGCCGACCCUUGCGAGAACAGCAAGAAGUGGCUGCUGCUGUCAUUCAGCGUUGUUACAGAAAAUAUAAACAGUAUGCACUUUAUAAAAAGAUGACACAGGCCGCCAUCCUCAUCCAGAGCAAAUUCCGAAGUUACUAUGAACAAAAAAAAUUUCAGCAGAGCCGGCGUGCUGCUGUGCUGAUCCAAAAGUAUUACCGGAGUUAUAAGAAAUGUGGCAAAAGACGGCAGGCUCGCCGAACAGCUGUGAUCGUACAGCAGAAACUCAGGAGCAGUUUGCUAACCAAAAAGCAGGACCAAGCUGCUCGAAAAAUAAUGAGGUUCCUCCGCCGCUGUCGCCACAGAGUGAAAGAAUUGAAAAAGGCCAAGGAACUUGAAGACAUACAGCAGCAUCCCUUAGCAAUGUGACAUUGCUUUUCAGACUGUUUUCAUUUGUUUUUAGCAGAGACAUGCAACAACAACGACACACACACGCACGCACAUGUACACACACACACACACACACACACACAAUCCCUCUGCAGUUUUGGGGCGAUCAGCUGCAGGAUUUUAACAGGAAUGUUUUGGUCAUUGCAUUUGCACUUUCAUGGACAACUUUUAAUUUGAUCAGCAAGACAUCUUGGAACUCAAUCUUCUGUUGGAUCAUGGGAAAACAAGACACCACGAGGAAUUGAAAGAGGCUUCCUCUUAGGAAGAGGCCGUUUUCCUUCUCAUAUAGGGCUGUAUUCAAACAUCGUGUGGAACUGUACAAAUAUUUAUACCAAAAAUAUAGAUAAGAAAAGGUGGGGAUGCACUAGCCACAAAGGAGAAGGCUGUUCCUGCACCUGUCAGUGAUUUCCAAGAAGCUGAAUCGUUGGGACUGGUUCUCAGUGGAGGGCUUAGAUCAUACAAUCUUCAUUGGGUCUGUGUGUUCUCAUUUCCUUCACUGUUUUUAUUUCAUUUUGUUUGUUUGUUUUUGUUUAAAUCUCUACAGCACACUUAAUGCAACUUUUAAAAUCUGCAGGUUUUUAUUGUCUUGUGGAAAUUUGCAGAGGGGCGGGUGUGUGCUCAACGGGUAAUGCAUGGGAGAUAAUGAGAAACAGCUUACAGAGGUUAAACUUAUUUUCCUGUCCCUACCACCUCCCAAGGACCUGUGAGGAUAGUAAUCAUCUCGUCCCUUUUCUCAUGUCCAGCACUUUAAUUUUUUUGCCUUACUUUCAUGUGCAAUGAGAAUUACUUAGAGAAUUGGUAAAGCAUGUAGCUUUUUUUAGUAACCUUGGAAACUGUAGUCAUUCUAAGGAAUCAUAAACUUUGCCUGGACAUCUGCCACCUAAAAGAUCAGUGUGGUGCUGCGUUCUGGCCAGUAAAUUCCAUAUUUUUGGCUAUAUCUCAUCCAAACAGAACAGUUUCUGUGUAUAUAUAGAAGGUAGAAAUGGAAAGUGAGAAAAAUAUUUGAAAGGGAUUAUAUUAAUUGCUAAAUAUUUUAUUCACAAAGGUCAAUAACAUGGCAAGAUAAAAUUAUUUGUAUAGUUUUGUCUGAAUGAGCGAGAAAAAUGAGGAUGUAUUGUUUGUAUAUAUUGUAUAUAUUAAAACAAAGAGAUAUGUGCAUGAAAUCAAGAAAAAAGAAACGAACAAAAGCAAAGCAUUAGUGGCUAUGGUCUGUAAAAUGAAACAAAAAAACUUUAUUUCACUAUAAGAGUACUUUAUUUUAAAUGUUCUUUAGAAGAACAUUUUGCUAAAGCAUGACUAAACUGCAAAAAAAAAAAAAAAAGAGCUACUGUAUUUAGACUUAGGAAAAAAGGCAGAGUAACAUUACUUAAAAAAAGGAUAUGUUUACAUUUAAUUUUGGCUACCAGUUUAUUUUAUUUUAUUUAAAAUUUUUUUUUGCCAAUGGUGCCAAGUAAUGUGAAUGCUAAUAUUGCUUAAGAAAAUUAAGUUCCUUUUGCUAAACAGAUAAUCAUAAGACGAAUCAGUAUAUAGCCUAACACCGUCCACUCACUCCAACGAAGAACACUUAGAAUGAUCAAAACUCGACAAAAGAAAUAGUAUGAAAAGUAGAAAAAUGUCUCAUGUUUUCAUAUCUCCUGCUGGAAAUCGGAAAAUGUAAUUUAAAAAAUUGCACAAAAAAUAAUGAAAAAUUAAAAAGAUGCACACUGGUCUUGUAGGGAUGCCAUGGUCUAUUACUAUUUCCACAUAAUGAGGAGCCAAAGAAAUCUGAUGCUUUUAAAAAUUAAACUACUCAUGUUAAAUCGAGAGAAUAAAGUUCGCAUUUGCUGAUGCCAGUUUAAAAUUCCCAGGUUAAAGCUUCAGAAUCAGUUGGUGUAACGCUGAGAUCAUCAUUUUUUCUUGGUUCUGGCUGCCAACUGUAAGUUAAAAUUCAAGGCUUGUUGUGAAGCCUAAAAAUAGUCACAAAUAAGCUUUUAAACUGGUGUCUUUAGAAGGAAGGUAGAUACAAAAAGAUUGCGGUAAAAACUGGGGUCAGUGCUCUUGGUGCCUUUUCUAUAAUUGUACUUGUUUUUUAAUUACUUCCUUUCACUGCCAACCUCGACUUACUGUACAGUAUACGUCUUACUGCUUGUGAUCAGCUUUGACAACUGUGACAGCCCCACCGUCAGUAGCCCCCUGUACAUGUGUAAACGGAGCUGACUCAAUUUUGUUUUUAAAUGUGUGGGUUAAGUUGCAGCUGUUGCAGUCUCCCAAACACCUAUUAUUUUACAUAGUUUGACCUAUAGGAGGACACUGAGUAAUUUACAAACACACAAUUGCAUUCAUAAAUGGGAAUCGAAUGUGAAAGCCAGCUCUUUCAGAAUAUCCUAUAUUAAUACUGAAUUUAGAUAUGUUUAUUCCAUUUAUUAUGGUACAAAUAACUGAUCUUUUGACAAGAGUAAUGACCUCAGUGGAUUUGCUUUAACCCUCACAUUUAUUUAUUUUUUUAAUGUUUCACAUGCUACAUUAUUAGCUGAGUAAGUUAGAAAAUUCUGGAAGAUAAAAACUUACAUAGAAUUAGGAGGGUUCUUAUGGAGGGGAUAGGAAGUAGGUUCAAAAUCUACCCGUGUAACCUACCAGUACAUCUGUGAAUCCUAGUUGAGGUACGAAUGCACUUCCACUGAAACGGAGCAUUGCUGACCGCUUUUUCUUGGUUGUGAAUCUUAAUUUUGAAUCUAAGAUGAUAGGUAAGCGCAGCUUUCUUGGAUAAUCUGAAUUCCCAAGUGCCAGGAGUAGGAUUUCAUUAUAAAAUUAAUAGCUAAUCUUAUUCUGUCUCCUGAAGACUUAAUUGCUAUUCUUGUUACCCAUUUGAAAUCAGCUGUACUGUGUGAACGAAAUAAAGACAAAAACUCGAACCCCUCUCUGGCUGCACCGUCGCUUAUGGCAGUUCCACACAGUAGUUGGCGCCCAAUGGGGGGUCCCUGAGACUUGCAUGUAAAACUAGUCUAGAUGUCUUCUUUUUUGUAAGUUUUAUUUUUGUAAUUGUGCAUGUAAAGCAUCAUUGAAUCAAUGGAUCUGUUGAAGAACUCAGCUGCUGGAAACCAUGCAAAAUGUUUUGAAUUGCCCUUAAAAUAUGGAAAAUGUUUUCUGAAUGCUUUAUAUUCUUUCUGCUGUAAAUUAAAAAUGAAGAAAAUUUCCCCAUA